CGUGGGGAGGAGCUGGAGGAGGCGGAGCGGAGCGGAGCGAGCCGGGCCGGCCGGGAGAACCUCUCCUUCCCCCGCCGCCUGCGCGGGGCCACCCCGGGGCGCAGGGUCGGCUCAGGCCGGCCUCGGUGCGGGAGCCGGGGGCCGCCGGGGCGGGAUGGGGGAGUUCCAGGUGCACCGGGUGCGGUUCUUCGCCUACGUGCCCGCGGGGAUCCGCUGCGUGGCUCACAGCCCCCGCUCCGCCCGCCUCGCCCUGGCCCGCACGGACGGCGCCCUCGAGGUCUACAACUUCGCUGCGAACUACUUCCAGGAAAAGGGUAUCCCAGGCCAUGAGACGAGAUCCACAGAGGCGCUGUGCUGGACAGCUGGGGAUCGGCUCUUCGGAGCAGGCCUGGGCGGCGACAUCAGCGAGUAUGAUUUAGAGAAGCUGCGAGUCAAGUACUCCCUGGAUGGCUUUGGGGGCCCCAUCUGGAGCAUGGCGGCUGAUCCCAGUGGCACUCAGCUAGCAGUUGGCUGUGAGGACGGGUCAGUGAAGCUUUUCCAAGUCUUGCCUGAUAAAAUCCAGUUUGAGAGGAGCCUGGACCGGCAGAAAGGACGUGUCAUGUCCCUCUCCUGGCAUCCCUCUGGGACCCGCAUUGCCGUUGGCUCCAUCGACCUUCUCCGAGUCUUCGACGUCAAAUCAGGCCAUGCCAUCCAGCGGAUCCUGGUGGACCGGCGCCUGCAGGGGCUGUACAGCCGCGAGUGCGUGGUGUGGAGUGUGGCGUUCCUGUCCAACGGCACCAUCGUCAGCUCCGAUUCGGUGGGGAAGGUGCAGUUCUGGGACUCGGAGAAAGGAACCCUCCUGGAGACCCACCCAGUCAGCAGCUCGGCUGUGCUGUGUCUCGCUGUGUCUGAGGAGGAAGACAGCAUCGUGGUGGGCACUUCGGAGGGGGCAGUGUACCAGUUCCAGCUGCUGCCGGUGAAGUGGGGCAGUGCUGAGAGCAAGUGGGUGCGGACGAAGCCGUUCCAGCAUCACACCCAUGACGUGCGGGCCGUGGCACACAGCGCGACAGCACUCAUCUCUGGAGGCCUGGAUGCCCAGCUGGUGAUCCGCCCGCUCAUGGAGAAGGUGCAUGGAAAGGGCUAUGAUGCUGCCCUCCGGAAAUUCACCUUCCCCCAUCGACGCCUCGUCUCAUGCGCUAAGAAGGCCGGGCUCCUCCUCUUCCAGUUCCCCCAACACCUGGAGCUCUGGAGACUCGGAGCUACCAAUUCAGCAGGGAAGGAUGGUGAUAUCCUGCCAGUUUCCCGUGCCCCUGAGCACUUGCUGCAGCUGAAGAGCAAGGGCCCGGAGCACAUCUGUUGCAGCUGCAUCUCGCUGUGUGGCAGCUGGAUCGCCUAUUCCACGGCCUCCAGGCUUCAUCUGCACAGAGUGCACUUGGAGAACGGCAGCGUCAGUGUCAAGAGGGUCUCCAAGGUGCCCAAGCUGCUGUGCUCAGCCCACCAGCUCCUGUGCUCCGCCGACUCCACCAGUCUGUUCGUGGCCUCCGAUCAGGGUGCCGUUCAUGUCCUCAAGCUCCUGGAGCCAGGGGGCUGCGGGCACCUGCAGACCCUCCGCCCAAACUCAGGAAGCACCGAGGCUGUGUACCUGCUGGCAGCGAGCGCGGACGGGGACUGGCUGGCUGCCGCUGGUGGGGACUGGGAGAUCAACGUCUACAGCCUGAGACACUUCAAGCCCCACUGCACGGUGCCUGCCUACAACUGCGCGGUGACUGCCCUAGCCAUUCACCCCGUGACCAAUAACCUCGUCAUCACCCACUCGGACCAGCAGGUGUUUGAGUUCAGCAUCCCCGACAGAGAAUACACCACGUGGAGCAGGAAGGUGCAGCAGCACGGGCUGCAUAAGGGUUGGCUGGAGCGGGACAUGCCCAUCACCCAUAUCGCCUUUAACCCCAAGCAGCCAACGCACAUCCUCCUCCAUGACACACACAUGUUCUGCAUCCUCGACAAGUCACUGCCUCUCCCCGACGAUGCAACCCCGCUGAUGAAUCAGACUAGCUUGAAGCAACUCUCAGAGAAGGCCAGGCGGGGCCAUGCUCACGCCUUCAAGAUCUGCAAAAAGUACCAGGGUCUUGGGCAGUAGAGGUAGAUGCUCAGCUGCCCCAGGGUCUGGUGCUGCGUUGGAGCUGCGUCUGUUAGAUGUUCUGACGAGCUUGUGGCUUAACUCUGAGCAGCCACCCCCACAUGCAGCUGAUCCGGGCCAAUUCUUCGGCCUGCCUGGGUGCCUCCGGGAGAGGCUCGGAGUCCUGCUGAGAGGGCCUGAGACAGCACUUGUGCCCCGGUGUUUCUGACCUGAAAUCUCUCAUGCUUAGGAGGGUGAGGGGGGUGGUAUUGCUCCUCUUUCAGCUCCUCCCCAGCAGGACAGACCUCUGGGAUCUCCCAGGCUCGCUUACCAGCUGCUGGGUGUGCAUUUCUAUGAAGCACGUCCCUUCUGCCUGCUCUGUCGCACAGACCUCUUGAACCAAGCCAGAGCUGCCUUGCUGGAGGCUGGUCACUACGGAGCAGUAUGUGCCCAUCCCAUUGACCUUAUACAGCAGUAGGUUGAGAGGACUUGAUUUGAGGUUAUGGGGCUGCCUGGUGUAGGGAAUUGCAGGGUUUCAGAGGAUCUUAGGCUGACGACUGCUCGUGUUCCUGGACCCUGUGGCUAGGAACUGGUCUGGCAAGGCUGCUGGAGAGUUGAUUCAUGUUACUGCAGCGGCUCCUGGAUGCACUUCUUG